AUGAUGAGCACUCGAGUAGCAGCGUCCAAGGAGUGGAGGAAGAGCCGCAGUCGACGACGCUUUGAAAGCAGCAACAACCUGUUCGAAGUGGUCAUUCAGGUCUGCGAGCAGCGGAUGCGACGACUCAAACGAUCGGAAGAGUGGAGCGCCCAAUCCCCACGAUUGUUGGUGGCUGAAGCGAUCGUACAGGAACUUCUCGUGAGUUUAAUGGAGCUGCGGAUGAAGGAGAAGGAGAGAAUGGUGAUGGAUGAAGUGGAAAGUGUCGAGAUCAUGCGUCAACUGCACGUGCAUCUGCAGAAAGACGAGGAACUAGUUCGCAGUAAAGUUUGUAUCGGCGCAGGCGAUGAACAGCAAUUGGAGGAACUUCAGCUGAUGCUAAGGACGGAUUUCUUAGAGGAAGUGGCGGGUGUCGAGAGUCCGCAGAAGAAACAGCAGGCAGACUCGGCAGCUAACAAUGAGGCAUCGCUACAGUUUGCGUGGGAGACAAUUGAUGACCAGAAGAAGGAGAUCAUUCGACUACGAGCAGAAAACGAGAGACUCAAGCGCUUGGAAAGCAGCUCCGACGCAAGUUCUGCGUCGUUUUUCGACGACGAACCAGCCAAAGUGAUCGGUCUACUGCGCUCACAGCUGUCCUCUCACCACGACAAGAACUUGGAUAUUCUUCACGACCACAUCCAGAAACUGGAGAAGGCGUUAGAGAACUCGACAGCUUCAUCUCGAAAGGCGAGACGAGGCUGGGAUGGCUCCAAGUCGACGUUUGAGUCCACUCGUAGCCAUGACAAGGACGACUGGUCCUCGUCUUUGCUGUCUCGCAGCACCGUCGGCACAGACUUUUCACGGACGCAAGUUUCCCGGAAGAAAUGCGAAGAAUGUCGUAAUAACUCCGCGUCGCUUCUUGCGCUCCGAUCGGAAGUGAAGCAGCUACGCGCACACGCCGCAACAGACGAAGAAUCGCUGCUUCAAGCUGAAAAAGACCGGGGCCAUCUGCAGCGAGAGAACUCUGCACUCUCGUCUGCGCUCCUAUCAGCGAAGCAGAAGCAGGAAGAACUGCGUCAGAUGAUUCUAGAUCUGACGCAGGAAAAGCACCAGCUCCAGAAUUUAGGCGACGCGGAACAAAGAACUUGUGAACGCAGUAUUCGCGUGCUGAAAGAGCAGCUGGACGCGUUAGAAGAGCAGAAAGCGCAUUUGAAGCGGAAAUUCGACGACCUUGUCGGAAAAUAUGACGCUGAAGCCAGCGAGAAGCGAGCAUUUGCAAUGAAGUACACAGAUCUAAAUGACACGCACACUAAUCUGACCCAGUCGACUGCUGAGCUGGAGAAACAAGUGGCGAGUUUACAUGAGACUGCUCGACGUUGCGAGACGAUGGUGGGAGACCGAGAUACAGCGCUAAAGGACUUGCAAGACCAACUUAGCGUGAAGGAGCAGGAUGGAGCAGCACAAAUCACCGAGCUACAGGAGAAGGAAACUCAAAUUACCGAUUUGAAGAUCCAGUUAUCUGAAUUACAGCGCAGUUACGGCGGUCUCGAGGUGGAGAAGCGCCGAUCAGCUGGAGAAAUCGAGAGGCUUUUACAAACGCUCGACGAGUGUAAGAGGAAGAAUCAGCGUCUUGAAAAGGGCUUUGAGGAGCUAAAACAGGGAAAGGAAUUUCUCGCAAGUCUGCAAAAAGUGGAGAGAGGAGCGUCAGCACUACAACUGAGUGAGUUACAACAGACUCGGGAGAGGGUUGAAGCGUUAAAACUGCAGCUAUCAGCGGCUAAAUCUGAGCACUCUCAGCUGGAGCAAGCCUUGUCGGGGGCUAAUGAGGCGAAGAACAUAGGCGAAACUCAGCAUAACGCGGAGAUGGAGCGAACGCAGCGCGAACUGGACGCUGUGAGACAGCAAUGCUUAUCGCUUGAACAGGAGCUGAAGAACGAGAAAGCAGCUCUAGAGACUGCGCAGCGAGAGAGCUGCGAGCGUGUCGAGGAUUUGUCCCAAGAGCUGGCAGAAUCCAAGACAACGAUGCUCAUGUGGAUGAACAAGUACAAUACGCUAAGUGAAGACAAGCAGGCGUUGGAGCACGACGUCCAGAGUCUGUCCGAAGAGCAGUACAGUCUGCAGCGAUCGGUCGAGGAACUCCAAGCUGAUACUGAAGCACAGACUCAUGAUAGAAUCGAGAAUGAAGCGGCUCUCAAGGGAGAGAUAUCGUCUUUAACUGAGCAGCAUCGCACGAUGGUACGAGAGAAGAAGGCGCUAGUCAAACUGGUCCAAACACUGCAAGCACGUCCGGAGUUGCAGCAGCGAGCGUUCCGUGAAAUGCUAAAGGCAUGUCAACGCGGAACAGAGCGCUCCUUUUGUCAGCUUUUAGAACGGGUUAACGUCACGUUAAAGAAGUUGAGCUCAGUGGAGAAACGAUAUCAGACACUGCGAUCGCACUUAGCUGCCCGCAAAGUGGCGAGGGAGGACGACUCGGCGUCGGAUGAAGGCAAAUGUCGGGUCGCUCCGAAGCCAGCGUCACCACAAAUUGUCGUACAAGAUGAAGACUUUCUAAGUAGCAGUACUUCCGCCUUUGCAAUGUCGACUUCACAGCCAGAAUGGCUAGAAGCUAUCGCAAGAAACGGUACUCAAGCAGCAGAGACAAUAGAUGCUCUGGAGAUGGACUUGAAGCACUGGAAGUGGAAGUUCUUCGUGCAGUGCUUGGUGGCUAACUCAACCAAACAAGCGAGUUACGACCUUACUGCUCAAUUGAGGGAGUCGUUCAACACUAUCGACCACCUCAAGAAGUCCACUCGUCUCCUCGCUUGGCACAAGCUGAAAAUUAAAUUGGAGAAUCAAGAACUCCACAAAUUGCAAUAUCUCAGCGUUGUAUUAGCUCGACAACAGUCAAAGAAACUGCUGCUAAGUCAACAGACUCAAUAUUUCGACAACUGGAAGCAUCAAGCUCGAGUACAGAAGUACCGAGCAGAGCUAAACGCCAGUGCGAAUGGCCCUCUGCGACCCUUGUUUUCACCCACUACGACAAUGGCUUUGGCUAACUGCAUCCAACUAGUGCGUAAGUUCUGCGAACCUGCACGAAAGAAUGACAAAGGGGGAGCUACCGAGCGAGCAAAGUCCUCGCAGACUUGUGGAGCUGACGAGUUAACGGACUAUUUGGUCGAAAUUAACACGAAAGUGGCCAGCUGGAAAGUGGCGGUGGAUCGUAAAAUCGCAGAGUACACUGAACGGAACAAGCAACUUAAGUCCGUUCAGCGGAGGUGUGCUGAGCUCAAGGACCUGGUGGGCUUGAACCAGCGCCUCAUCGAGGAAAUGGAGCGCCGCUCUGCCGGUCAACAAAGCGUUGUGGAAGCCGCCUGGGAUUUCGCCACGGCGUAUAAAGCUCUGUCGCCUUCUGCGAGAUCUCAGGUGUUCCAGUCGCGCGACUUCCUGUCUGCCUCCAAGGGGAUCGUAGAGGGUCUUAACUCGCUGGGAAUACCUCGCUCAGUGAAUAAACUCAGCCAGACUCUCGGCUCCAAUUCCGUUCGCAAGACUCAUGGCAAGAAAGUUUCAUCGUCUAACACUGUGAACUUUCUUUCAGCUAGUGCGGCACCAGGUGUAACAAGCUCAAACAGCUCAAUGAUAGGAGCUGAAAAGUCUCAGCAAAGCCUCAAUGACUCGAACAUUGAACUGCUGGAAGACGCUGUCGGCUCGUUGAGAGGAGCAAUGCAAAAGCAACGCAAACUUCAGUCGGAUCUAAAGGAGAAGGAACGAUCACUGACUAUCACGACGAAAGAAUUGCAAAGACGCAACCUGCAGUUUCUAAUGUUGAGAUCGUUCCUACAAUGGAAAUGUGCCAGCUCGAAUCGAGUCCGUCGCAAAGGCCGGCAACAUGUCGCUCCUACGCAUGAUGUGAACCGAGCUUGA